AUGGUGAAAUUUAAGCUUCGUAUUUUCAGAUCCUUCCGAACAAAAGACACUUCUACCCCGCCGGAAAAACCUGCGUCGCCUCGACAACGCCACAAACUAACCGAAGUCGAUUUAACAUGCACGACGUCACCACCACCUUCCGAACAACCACCUCACCGUUCUUCCUUUAAAACUCACUUGUUGUGCUCCGUCUUCCGCUGCGGUUCCAGCUCCGGCAACCACUCCGCCUCCGAAGACCUCCAAUGGCACGUCGUUGAGUCCCCUCGCCGCAAAAUCUACAACUCCUCCGCCAUCGCCGGUGUCUUCUAUGACGACGGCGAAAGGUUCCAUACCCCCAUACAGCCAUCGAUCAGAAAGAAAAACCGCCGCGUACGAAAGGUGAAAAAAAACAAACCUACACCGGUCACCACCUCGUCUCCCGAUAGCGACCAGUUUACCACAAAGUACACCAUCGACGAAGAUGAACAGAAACCUGGAAUCAUUAGCUCGUCUUCUAGAAGCUUCUCAACCAAUUCCCCAACGGUACCAAGUCCCCAUCCCCAACCUAAUUACAAAGUAAAGAAGAAGCGGGUAAAAUCAAGGCACAAAGGCGGGAAAGGUGGUGGUGUAUCACCGGAAUGGGGAUCGCCGGCGAGAUUGUCGGUGUUUAAGAAGCUAAUGCCAUGUAAAGUGGAGGGAAAGGUGAGAGAGAGCUUUGCGGUGGUGAAGAGAUCGGAGAAUCCAUACGAGGAUUUUAAGAAAUCGAUGACGGAGAUGAUUGUAGAGAAGCAGAUGGUGGAAGAGAGUGACUUGACGCAGCUUUUGCAGUGUUUCUUGUCGUUAAAUUCGAGAUAUCAUCAUGGUGUAAUAAUGGAAGCUUUCUCUGAGAUUUGGGAUACUAUGUUUCUUGAUCAAUAUCGAACCUUAGGUAUCUAAAUUAAUGAUUGAAGGGAUUGUUAUUUGCAUCUUUUUUAACGUUAAAAUUGGAUCAAUUUAUGUAUUGAUA